AUGGAUACAGUCACCAAUAUAGAUGAAGAAGAGGAUAGGGCCAAGAACGGAGCCCUGAGGUACUCCGCUCGUAACCGUCACCUCUGCCGAUUGCUGGCCACCAAGACGAACAGUCUGGGACCGACCGACCAAAAAGUUUUCAAUCCACUUUAAAAGCCUGCCUCUUACCCCUAUGCGGCUGAGCUUGUAUAGGAGACGUUGGUGUGGCACGCUGUCAAAGGUCUUAUUGAAGUCUAUGUAAACCACAUGCACAACGUUUCCUUCAUCAAUCGCUCGGGUCCACUGUUCAAGACAGUAGAUUAAAUUGGUCAAGCAGGACCUCCCUCUGCGGAAACCAUGCUGUGCAUCGCACAGAAGAUGAUUUUGCUCUGAAAACCGCAUCAGUUCGCGUUUGAUAAUUCGCUCCAUAACUUUGCAGCAUAUGGAGGUGAGGCUUACUGGUCAGUAGUUGUUUGCGGAAGCGCGACUGCCAUUUUUAUGAAUCGGUGAAAUCCACGCAGUCUUCCACUCAGGAGGCAGUCUGCCUGCAUCAAGAUAGGCUUGGAAGAGGACGCUCAGAGGUUCUGCCAAUUCUGUGGCUAGUUUCUUCAACACCUUUGCCGGUAUUUCGUCAGGACCGGGGCGAUGUCCCUUCUUUUAGCUUCAGUAAUUCCUGUUGAACAAUAGGUUUUGUGAGAACCACUGAGUCAAUUUUCGGGACAUUGUCCACAUUUCAGUGAUCAGUGGGUACAGCGACUUCUUUCGUAAAAACCGACUGAAAGAACCUGGACAGAUGCUCAGCCUUUUCGUCGUCCUUGUAAAGUUCAACGCCAUCAUCAGUUUUUAGCAAAGGGAUGGGAUCUCUGUUGCGGGUACUUUGUCUUAUGUAGUUGAAGAAAAGCUUUGAUUUUUCUCCUGCACAGUUUAAAAGGUUACCCUCGAAGUGUUGGCGGGCUUUUUAAACAAGGCACUUUACCCUAUUCCGCUGAGCCUUGUACCUAUUUCUUGAUUCAGUUGUCUUGACCCUAAGGUAUGCUUUCCACAGCUUUUGCUUACGGUUUUCUUCAAUUUUUGGUGAACCCUUUAGCCAUCGGGGCCUGUUGGUGAUUUUAUUUUUCGACAUAGGACAGUAUAUGGUGAUAAGUUCAUUCAGUACGGCCUGAAGAUAUAACCAGUCCUUGAGGACACACCCCGUUAAUGCUGCUUUCCAGUCUCUACGACGCAUGUCGAGACGCAUUUGGUUGAAGUCACCACGCCAUAUGUUGCGUCUAAUCACGAUACUUUGAUCGGGUACAGAGAAGAGAGAAUACUCCCACUGUAGGACUACAUGGUCGCUUUUUCCGAGAGGGGGUAGACAGUUUACAACAUCAACGAUUUCCGGUGCCUUUGUCAAUACAAGGUCUAGGCAGUUAGCUAGUUGUUCUUCACGCAGUCUGGUUGGGGAUAAGACGUGUUGUGUUAGAUGCGAUCUUUGCACAGAUUUUAGGAGGCGGCGAUCAAAGUGAAAUUCUGGGCCUGGGGCCGAAGUCAGAUUCCAGUCGAUAUUCGGACCGUUAAAGUCGUCCAUAAUCAUGACAUUGGGUCGGAUCGAAAUCGCUUCUAAUUCCUCUAGCAGACUACCCUGCCAGCGCUAGCCCCGCCUGGCCCCCUCAAUAAUGGCGGGGCUAGAGGGGGCCAUGAGGGGGCUCGGCGGGGCUGUGGAGGGGGCUGUGGCGGGGCAUGCAACGCGAUAGCCCCGCCAGCGAAAAGAAAUGCGCAGAGGACGCCACAUCCCCGCCCACUUUUGGCACCACUUUAAAAUAUCGUCCUGUAUAACGAGUCCCCUGAGGCGCAGUGCCUCAUUGUUCCCACAGGUUACACGUCGGAACCCACCCUGCGUACGUAGUUCACUACGGUAUUAUAUAGUACUCGAAUUGACCCUGCCGUACACGUGCCCACUAAUCGGCAGCCAAUAUCAAAUACACGCGACGCAAAUUCAUGUGAAUGACUUAUUUAUUGUAUAAACGAAAAAGGAAUUGGAAAAUAUGUACAAUCAUAAUAAAUGUCAGUGCCAGUAUAUACAUGGACUUCAACAUAUGUUAUGCCAUUCAGUUGUGCGUCCCAGAAGUCUCCGCUUCAGUGAUAGCCGGAGUAAUUACGCUUCAUAAUUGCUUUGGACAUUCAGUAAAAAACGAUAAACAAUUUGUAUAAGUGGACUACGAGCAUCAAGGCCAAAUACUACAUACAGAGACAUACAACUCGACUACUUGAACUGGCUGGUGAGUAGAUACCUAAACAAUUAGCAUGUUCUGUAACCUGAUCGGUGAGCGCCCAUCUGCCAUAAUUGAUAUUCCCGAUCACAACCGACAGGACAGCGGGCCCGUGGCUCAAUGGUAGAGCGUUCAACUCCAUGACCAAAGAUCCCGGGUUCGAAUCUCAAGUGAUCCACACUUGGGGUUGGGUAUGACUGGCUGAUGACGGCUAGUAAGCCAGAAAUGGGCAUUCCGGUCUCCCUUGUCUUUGUUGGUAUCAUCUCAUCAAUAUUGUGUCCAUCAGGUGGGGCUACAUAAUCACCUCUCACCAUAUAAUAGGCAGCUCUCGAUAUUAACCCUGCCCCAGUCAUAUAGUUUAUCUCUACCGAAUAGAGGUCCUGACUCACGUUCGACGCCCAAGCACCAUCCAUCUAUAUGGUCGAAAAUCGGAAAAGGGUCAGCUGGAGUGCGAACAAGAUGCGCAAAACAAGGAAAAAAUUACCAGUAACAAAGACGUUCAUUUCUUGUCUUACCCUUGCGAACUGUUUCAAAAGCGUUUCAUGAAAUAAAAACAAACAGAAAUUUAAACCAAUUGACGAGUUUGUCGACCUUGAGCCGAUCGACUUUUUCCCCCCUCGCCGGCUCAGCCUUUUUAAGGAUGUUGGGCAGGUUUGACAACUGCUUACCUUAUCAGUCAUCACCUAGAUGAUUGGUGGGUGAGCCCCUGGGUGCGUGCUUAGGUCUAGUGGCUUCCUUACUCCCCGCUAGGUGAGUUCUUCAUCAAGUCCGUGGGCAACCACGAGACCAGAAACUUCAGUAUUCAGAAACGCUAAGACAAACAUUACACUCUGACAGAAAUCAACCCUAGUCUCACAAAGUUAACUGCGUCUACGCUCUACUCGAAAGACCUAAGGUGCAUUGCUGUACACCAGCCGACUCAAAAUAGCAGCCUGCAACGCACAUUCGAAUAGACUGGGUCAUACUUGUGACCUUCAAAGUGCGACAGUCUAAAGCAGAGAUAGCUCAAGGAUGGCAACAGGCAUUCAGACAUUUCAACGUCUUAAAAAGCCCUAUGGCCUUACCAACACAAAGACAAAGCCAAGGCGAUAACGAUAAAUUUAAUAAAACCGACCCAACAGCGAUCCAGGUGUCUAAUCCGCCAAAAAACCAUCAGAUGCCGAGGGAACGAAGAGGAUCAAUCGACUCAAGGUCGACUAGCUAGACGAGUCAUUUGAAUUUCUGGUCGAGUUUGUGUAUUUAGUGCUUUGACAGUGGUGGACUGACCAUAUAUAAUGAAUCUGUUUUGACGUGCUAUCUCUCUUUUUUAAGUCAACUGAUUUGGUGUGCGAGCGUCAGAGCUCAGUAAUUUCCGGGUUACUUUGUCUUGUCCAUUUGACUUGCUAGGUUUUUUUCCAGACUGCGUGUAGAAACGCCUGAGCGUACGCGUUCCGUAAAAUGUCAACGGAAAUUCCGAAAUGCGGUCUCGUAAAUGCGGUUUUUAUGCAAAACUAAUCAACGCGCAGCAUAAUUUUAUAAUACUUCAGCUACCUCAGGAUGCCGAAUUUCGAACGAACUUCUUUUCGGCUGCAUGCAUACUCUGUAAAAAAUGACUAUUUAUGUGGCAUGCAUUUUUCGCCCUGAUUUUCGAUGCCCCUAAAAAUUUAAUUAUAUUUCAUGGAAAACAUGCAUAAACAUAUUCACUCUUUUACUCAUUCGGUAGAAAAUGCCCUCUUAUUCCAAUUUUAUACUCGAAGGAAUAGAACAAUUCGGUUUUCAAAAACUUUUCUAAUUCCCGAAUUAUUUUAAACCCGACCUGCUGUCGUACUUGCAUUCAGGGUCUCCAAACUACAAGUUCUAUAUUUUCCGCGUACGGAAAACCGUACAUUUCUGUGCGGUAUUGAGGGAAGAUCAUAUGGGUUUCAUAAAAUUUAGCAGUAGAUCUGAGCCAUUUUGAAAACUUAACAAGCCACAUUAGCGAAUGCAGAGAGACGAUGUUUUAUGAAUGAGCAUUUAGGGGUAUUAAAAAAACCUCAUAAAUAGAAACCUUUAGAAAACCGAAUUAUCUCCUAUCUUCGAGUAUAAAAUAGAAAGAAGACGUAGUUUUCUACCAAAUGAGCAAAAAGAAUGAAUAUUUUUAUGCAUAUUUUCUAUGACAUAUAGGUGAAUAUGUAAGGGCAUCGAAAAUCAAUGAGAAAAACUCAUGCUACUUGUGUAGUCAUUUUUACGGAGUGUGGAUUUUGCAUGCAGCCAGAAGGAAGUUCGUUCGAAAGCCGGCAUCCCGAGGUAACUGAAUUAUUAUAGAAUUAUACUGUAAGAUGAUUAGUUUUACAAACCUACUUUAUUCACUUUGACCCAACUGUGAAAAACUCGCUGCCUCGGUGGGAUUCGAACCCACGACAGCAAGGGGAAGGCAUUGAAUACAGCCAACACUCUAACCAUCUGAGCUACGAGACCCCACCUGACGACGCGAAUUUAAUCACAUUUGGGUCAAGUUUACCCACCCAAUCUACUGCAACGUCUGAAAUCUACCAAAUCUGAUACAGUAAACUGACUGUUCAAGCAAGAUUUCCUUAGUAAUACAUCUAGAAUCCACUAGAUGAUUACUAGGCUCACGUGAUUCAGAAGUGUUCCGGAUGUGUUUUGGCAGAUUUCACGGUUGUCACAGAUUUUCAAAUUUGGACCAAGUUGAAUUAUUUAAAAUCUGCUAAAACACCUCUGAAAUCUACCUAAUUAAUCUUUUCGAAACGAAAGCGCAUUUCGGAAUUUCGGUUGACGUUUCAUGAGUUAGGUCACCUGCUGUAACUGGCGGCACAGUACUUAAUACUCACGGCAAUGCUGAAAUAACCGGUUAGACAGUAACGGCACUGAUGUGGUAACUGAUUGUCAACGUAACCUAACAGAUGAAAUGUGUCGAAAUUUACGAUUGAUUACUAAUCACUCACAGACUGACACCAAUGCAUGGACCCACUAUUUAUGUUAAUAAAGAUCAACGUUAAGGAAGCUAAAAGCAAAGUAAAUGUUCAAGGUAAUAUUACGUUGUGUAGAAAUACCGGUUUUUUCAGUAAAGCGGAAAAUUCUGAGAAUGUCAGAAAUGAAUUGUGUAUGCUUCAGUUUCCGAUGUACAGAAAGCCUGUGCAUGCCAAAAACUGGAAAUGUAUGACAGUGUAAAUAGAAUAAUGUUUGGCAAUGGUCAUCUGACGGAUUUUACAGGGAAAACAUCUUUUAAGAAUAUUUCCAUGUUACAAUUGAACAGUCAAGUUGGCGAACGCACGUUUUCGGUAAUUCUUUCUCAGGCCAAUACAAUUACAUGAACGAAAGAAAAUGUACAAAAUCAACAGUGUUUAUAGAUGCCUCAAGGGCUAUUAAGUCACUAACACUCAUCAUCCCCACGCCGCCCGCAUGAGAAGGUCGGCGGGUGUUAGUCGUCAGAGCUAGGGGAGGGGGGUAAGAGAGUCUUCGAGUAAUGUUCUUGGGUUGAGUACACGGAGUACCCAUAAUCGUGAUUAGGGAUUUGAGGCGGCAUGGCUUCAUCCCUUGGGGUUGGCGUCGGCCACGGCAGCGAAAGUGCUUGUGUCAGAGUUUUCUGACAGCAUAACACCGGAUUCACUAACUGUAUCGCUACUGCCUCGGCCGUUGCUAGUAUCCGUUGACGUAGGUCUUUAGAGAAGCAUGUUGGCGUCCGGUAGACAACCUGACAUGCUUUCUUGGCAUCGACUCGGUGGUUCGUAUCGAUUAAAUGCGUUAGAAUAGAACUCGGAAUCGACCGGGUCUCACCUCUGUCUAGCCAGGCGGGCAUAUGUUCACGCACCCUCUUUACCAGGCGUCUCGUUGUGCGGCCGAUGUAUCCUGCUCCACAGGAGCAAGUGAAUUAAUAAAUGCACAUUGAUAUGGCCUCCAACGGUAGUCUGUCUUUACGUCCCAAACGUAGGAGGGGAGAGUUUUUGAAGCAUACGCGUAAAUUCGCCGCAGGGAAUGCCCUCGUGAUAGCUGUAGUUAAGCGCCGUCGGACUAGUUCGUUCUCUGUGUCUCCUCUAAAAGGCAAUCUUAUGAAUACAUCUUUUUUUUUCUUUUCCGCAGUAGCAACGGUGGGCUUUUCAACGCGUUCCCCAAUAUUUCGGAGAGUCAAUGCAGCUUCCGUCGUCAUCGUGGGACCACGGAUAUGAUCUUCGCCGCCCGUCAACUUCAGGAGAAGUGCCAGGAGAUGCGGACCCAUUUAUACUCUACUUUCGUGGACCUGACGAAAGCCUUCGACACGGUGACUCGUGAAGGACUGUGGACGAUCGUACAGAAAUUCGGCUGUCCGGAACGAUUCACUCAGAUGGUGCGUCAGCUGCACGACGGUAUGAUGGCGCGAGUCACGGUCAACGGAGCUGUCUCAGAGGCAUUCGCAGUGACCAAAGGAGUGAAGCAUGGAUGCGUGCUGGUGCCUACCCUCUUCAGUCUUAUGUUCUCUGCCAUGCUGAUGGACGUCUACCGCGUUGAACGUCCUGUGAUCCACAUCGCCUACAGGACGGACGGUCAUCUCCUAAAUCACGAGUUCCCGCCGCCAAGGAGGCCAAAUGCGUCGAUACAAGGACACCCUGAAGACCUCCCUGAAACGUCGGCAGAUUAA